UUAAGCAGACUCCAUGCCCAAUGCAUAGCCUGAAGUGGGGCUUGAUCUCACAACCCUGAGAUCAUGAUCUGAGCUGAAAUCAAGAGUCAGACACUUAAGGGACUGAGCCACCCGGGCCCCCCAAUGUGCUAAUACUUCUUAAAAGCAACACAAAUAAUUGCUCAGACAUUUUUAACUUGAUAACACUUCAGACUUCCUUAAAGACCAGUGGGAUGCAUUGGGGCACCUGGAUGUCUCAGUGCCUGUCCCCCUCACCCCUUGCGCAGGUACCCUCUACCUCUCUCUCAAAAUUAAAAAAAAAAAAAAAAAAAGACCAGUGGGAUGCAACUUCACACCAGCCCUUGGAGCAAGCCUUCGGCAUGUCUUGAAUGCCUUGAAUGCCAUCAAUUACAAAUGGCUUUUAUUCUAAGAUUUUGGAACUGGGACUUGCCUUCUAUGAUUGUUUCUGCCUUGUUUUUUUAAAAACUCCCAUGUCUGCCCAUUCCUGUGGUGGGAUCUGCUUCCAUGUGCUGACUUUCUUCUAGCUAUUUAUGCCUUUCCCCUCUCUUGACUUUAUGACCCAGAUGGAAUCCCAUAAUUCAUCAUUUCAGUGCUUUCUUCCCUACUCUACUCUGUCCUUUCCAGUCAGGCUCCUGUCAUGUUAAUCACACACGACCUUGGUAUCCUUACCUUCCAUUUCUCAGGUUGGCUGCACCAAAGAGUCACAUGAAAUUCAGCAAGACUCUUGCUGCUAUUCACCAUUUCUUUUAUCAACCUCGUGUUAACUCCUGAAUAUUUCUCCUGAAUUGGCUGUGUUAACUGUUACAUCGUCCCUUCUUUUCAAUUUAAGGACUGCUUUUCUCACAGAGCUGAACUGAACCAUCAGAAGGGAAUUCCAGUCCCCAAAUCUUCCUUCAUUGGCAUUUCAGGCCAUCUCUGGGUCCACAUUGGUCUCUGCCAGGACCCGGGACACCUGCGCCACUCACUCUUCUGCUGCCAUUUGCUGCUUCAGAAAGGAUGACUUCUUUUUAUUUCCUGUUUUUCUGUCCACUUCCUUCUUGAUAGUUUCCUUGUUGACUUCUUUAUUGAUUCCUUCUGCUUGAAUGGCUUUAGCAAUCAGCAUCUUUCUUCACUUUUCCUGGCCCCCUCUUCAGUUACUCCUCCCCCCUACCCUGUUCCAUUCCUGCCCCCUCAUUCAUUCCUAAUGCCUUCAGCACAAGCCUCCCUCAGCUGCUCUUUUGUUUUCAGUUGCCCUUUGGGUCUCCAUUCCUCCCCUAUUCUCCACCCUAGAAAAGGCUUAACAAAAAAACUGAGGGGAGGAACACUCUCAGCAGGCAACUGCUUUUCAUGGAGAAGAGGAAGAAUUCGGUAGAGAGCAGAGCCUUCCUUUCAGGUCUUACCAAUAUCAAGGAAAGAAAUUAAAUUGUUAUUAACUCUAAACUCUUUCCCAGAGAGAAGGAGCUGCCUCAAGAUGGCGGUCCUGAAAAUUACCUGGAGAGGAGUUAAAUGUGGCAGGAAGGGCUUGGGAUCUUCCCUGACCAUCUACAUCAGAGGUGGCAACAAUGAGGGCUCCCUGAAGGUGAAGGAAGCAGAGAAGCAGUAGUGGCCAAAAGAACAUUUCGAAGAGAUAAUCCUCGGAGUAGAAGGUCAAGAAGUGGUUUAUCCUAAAAGGCUACCUCUGAUGCAGAAGCGAGAUGCUUGGCACAUCCAUGAUUAUGACAAACAGGAAACAUAUGAAGAAGAAUUGUUGUAUGAACUAAAGCUAACUAGAAAAACCUUGAUACUUCACCUUUUAAGAUCAAGGGAGUUCCUAGCCUCAAAUUACAGUGAAACCUACUAUUCCACAAAAGGAGAGGCAAUCACCAGCUAUCCUUCUACCAUGGAUCACUGUUUUUACCAAGGAUCCAUCAUACAUGAAUUUGAUUCUGCUGCCAGUAUCAGCACAUGCAAUGGUCUGAGGGGAUUCUUCAGGGUAUAUGACCAAAGGUAUCUCAUUGAACCAAUGAAAUAUUCAGAUGAGGGACAACAUUUUGUGUUCAGAUAUAAUCCAAGGAUGCAGUAUGCUGCUAAUUAUUCUUGUACAGAACUCAAUUUUACCAGGACAAAUGAUUUAAAGGAUGAUAUUAAAAUUAUGGAAGACCUCAAAAUAGAAAAUAUCCAUAAAGAAAAGUAUGUUGAACUGUUCAUUGUUGCUGAUGAUAACGUGUAUCACAGGAAUAAUCAUCCUCACAGCAAACUGAGGAACAGAAUUUGGGGAAUGGUCAAUUUUGUCAACAUGAUUUAUAAAACCUUGGACAUUCAUGUGACAUUGGUUGGCCUUGAAAUGUGGACAAAUGGAGAUAAAAUAGACAUAGAUUCAAAUAUAGAAAAUACCUUAUUGCGUUUUUCAACUUGGCAAGAAAUGAUCCUGAGAAAAAGGAAUAAUUUUGAUCAUGUUCUAUUACUCAGUGGGAAGUGGCUCUACAAACAUGCACAAGGAAUUUCUUAUUCAGAAGGUAUAUGCCUGCCUUAUUAUUCCACCAGCAUUGUUAAGGAUCUUUUGCCUGAUCUAAAUGUAGUUGCAAGCAGAAUUGCACAUCAGCUGGGUCAUAACCUUGGGAUGAAGCAUGAUGAUUAUCCAUGUACCUGUAAUUUUCAGAGAUGUGUGAUGGAUCGUGGUGGAAGCAUUCCUGCACUAAAAUUCAGUAAAUGCAACAGAAUUCAGUACCUGCAACACCUGAAGGAUUAUAAUCCAACAUGCAUGUCCAAUAUUCCAUUUUCUGAUAAAUUAAGUAAUUACCCAUAUUGUGGAAACAAGCAGUUGGAUGAAGGAGAAGAGUGUGAUUGUGGCUCCGUUCAGGAGUGCACCAAUCCUUGCUGUGAUGCAAACAAAUGUGUGUUGAAGCCAGGAUUUAGUUGUGCAGAAGGAGAAUGCUGUGAAUCUUGUCAGAUGAAAACAUCAGGGUCCAUAUGCAGACCAGCAAAAGAUGAAUGUGAUUUUCCUGAAGUGUGUACUGGCUACUCUUCUGCAUGUCCUAAGGACAAAUUCCAAGUAAAUGGAUUUCCUUGCAAAAAUGCAAAAGGCUACUGCUUCAUGGGGAAAUGUCCCACCCGGGAUGAUCAGUGCUCUCAACUCUUGGAUAAUGAGGUGAAAGAUAGCUCUGAUCUCUGCUAUGCGAUGAAUAAAAAAGGAAAUAGAUUUGGAUACUGCAAAAACAAGGAAAACAGUUUAAUUCCGUGUGAAGAGAAAGAUGUCAAAUGUGGAAAGAUACACUGCAGCAGAAGGCAGCACUCAUUUCUUCCUGGAAAAGAAAAGAUUAAUCACCUUAAGAAGAUUUCAAAGCAGAAUGUCACCACUGAGUGCAAAACUUUUAUUUUAUACCACAAUUCUAAAGAUUUGGGCCUGGUUGAUCCUGGAACAAAAUGUGGAGAUGGAAUGGUGUGCAGCAAUGGUGAAUGUGUGAAACUUGAAAAGGUCUACAAUUCAACCAAUUGCUCUUCUCAAUGCAAUGAAAGUGCUGUGGAUGGCCAUGAACUUGAAUGCCAGUGUGAGGAAGAACAGGAACAUGUGGACUGGGGAGAAAACUUAAAUGUUACCAAUAUAUCUAUCCUGGUUGUUGUGCUUGUCCUGGUUAUUAUUGGUGUUGGGGUAGUCGUAUUGUUAAUUCAUUACCAAAAAUGUAUUAAGUUGAAGCAAAUUCAGAGCCCACCCAGAGACACACUGGGAGUGGAGAAUAGAGGAUACUUUGGUGAUGAGCAGCAGACAAGGACUGAGCCAAUUUUACCUGAUAUUCAUCCCCUCCAUCAAAGAACUGCAGAGUCCUUGGAGAGGCUUCCAACCAGUUUUUCAAGUCCACACUACAUCACACGGAAACCUGCAAAUAAAGAUCCAAGAGGAAUUGCCGAUCCAAAUCAAAGUGCCAAAAUGAGCUUGAAAUUGGAUAUCCAAAAUGGCUGUGCAAGGCUAGGUUGAGAUUUCUGGCUGAAAGAUCUUCACAAUCUUCCCUAGGUAUUUGCUACACAAACUUCUGGCUGUUUUUCAAAAUUUCUUUAUCGAGACAGAAAAUGUUAACAAGAAACAACUUCUUUCAGUAAUAUUUGCCUGUAGAAUUUACAACCUGUAGUGUAGACACAUGCUACAAAAAAAUUCUUAAAGUUUUCCAAUGCUUUUCGGCCUAACACAAAAAUAGUUUCCUUGCUCUAAUGUUUUCCUUAAAAAUCUAGUUACUUUAAAAAGUCAAUCUAGUUACUUUAGAAAGACUCAAAACCUCGAGGAUAUUAAAUUACACCUCUGAGUCUAAGAAGCAAAACAUUGCUUAUAUAGGGUUAUUUCUUUGGGAGCAUAAAACUACUUACUUUAGUUGAAAUCUGACAUGAUUAUCACUAAUUCUGAUUUAAAAGAAAUUCUCUCCUGCAGAAAUGCCAAGAAAUCCAGUGCAGGAAGUCAUCUGAUUCUACUAAAUAAUUAAAAGGUAGAUGGCUGUCUGGCUUAUGUCUUAUCAGUGAAGGAGGCAGAAUAGUCACCUUAACUACAGAAUCGUUCUCUAAAAUUGUGGUGGCAGCAAAGGAAGACAUGAAGUGCUCCUGGUUAAAUUCCUGGAAUCUAAUUCUAAACUCUCAAAUUUCUAGAAUUCCUUAUGAACCUGACAGAAGUCAGGGAGUUAUAAGAAUUUCAGAAAAUUAACUCCAUCAGAGAAGAAAUACUCACCAUUCCCGUGAAGUGCUUGUGAGAUCUUUAGAAUACACAGAUUCGUGCACUUACUGUGUAAUUUCUGUGCUGUCUCUACCUCUCCCUGAUGAUGGUGUGUGGGGCUAUCCCAGGAAUGAUUUCGGCUGUUUCUUAUACCAAUGUUUCCCAACAUGUUCUCUUGUGUUCUUUAUUUUCUUUUUGUUACCUGUUAAAGCUCUAUGCAAUUGUUUUUUCAUUUACUAAAAUGCAGUUUUUGAGUGUGAAAUGGGAAUUUUCUGAUUCAAUAAAUAAA